GGAAAGCUAGCACUUACUUUGUGAAAAACACUGUGGGAAGCCUGCAGCAAAAACUAAGCACCCCUACAAGUCGAUUCUUACUACUGGCUGCAUGAUUCCACCUGAGGUAACACAAUCCUCUUCAGUUUGUGUUCAAAUGGAACACUAGACUGUGAAUAUUGAAAAUAUAAAUCAGUAUUAACUUUUAUGUGCAACUUUCUGGAUUAGCUCAAUUCUAUCUGAAAGGAAAGAAAACACCAGGUACAAACAAUGCAAGGUGAAAUCACUUUCGGAAUUCUUGGUCUCUUAUUAGUAUACUCAGCUAAUGGAUGCCCAGAGAGAUGUCUAUGCAACAUUACACUGAAAGAAGUAAGUUGCACAGGUAACAGACUCUCAGAGAUUCCAAAAGGUGUUCCUCCUGACACAGAAAUCCUAUACUUACAGAAUAACCAUAUUCACACAAUAUCAAAUGCUGCUUUUACUGAUAUGCCUCAACUGCAGGUAUUAGACUUGUCAAAUAACAUUAUUUCAAGUUUAUCAUCACAUACAUUUGAUGGAUUGCAUAAUCUUCUCAAACUGAAUCUUGCAAAUAACUCCAUCAACUACAUGGACAAUAAAACUCUUCAUGAAACCCAAAAUCUCAAGCAACUGGAUUUGUCAUUUAACAACCUUACAAGUUUGCCUGAGGGUUUGUUCAAGAACCAGAAGAAUCUGAUCUGGCUUGGCAUGCAUCAAAACCAACUCCAUCAACUGGACACUGCCCUUUUGGAUUCACUGUCAAAUCUACAGGUACUUUUGUUCCAGAAAAACAAAUGGAGAUGUGACUGUCACAUGGCUGGAUUGAAACUCUGGCUCGAAAGCUUUCUGUACAAAGGAGGUCAGAUUGAUGAGAUUCUCUGUACAGAACCAGAAGAUUUAAGAAGUAAAGACCUUAUGAAAAUUCCUCAUGAAUUAUUCGAACCAUGUUCCUCUGUUGAACAUAAGUCACCUCAUGCAGACUCGGACCACAGAAAUCCUACUAUACAAAACCUUCAUGUCAAAAAUGAAAAUGACAAUAAUUCAGACUGUACUACAAAGUCCAAGCCACGAACAGGCAGCUUACGUCAUGCUGUUGCCACAAUUGUGAUAACUGGUGUCAUCUGUGGCAUAGUUUGCCUGAUGAUGUUGGCAGCUGCAAUUUAUGGCUGUUCUUAUGCAGCUCUUAUGGCUAAAUAUCAAAGAGAACUAAAGAAAUUGGAACAUCUGGGUCCAGAGGUGGAACAAGGAAGUGCAGAAGAGAAGGAGCCACUAGACGGUUCACUGCUGUGAAUUUCGACUUCCCGACUGCAUUUAGAAUAUCACAGUAAGCUAGAAACCAACAAGUCAGAAAUGGUGACAAUUUAUGAUCAACACCACAUUCAUAAGUUAGCAGAUAUCUAAUGUACCAGACUGUUUUAAUUGUUAGAGUACUUCGGACCUUCAGAAUUUUGCAUGUCAAUCAUUUAAUGUGUAUAUUAGUUUAGACUAAGUUUAAACUAAGUGUCAAUUAUAAAUAAGGUGUAGAGUCAAACUA